GCUUCAGACGGGCAGAUGGACUGGUUUUCCUUCGGCAAAAGUGGAUUUGUGCUUCCAGUUGUGACUGAGACUUAUUACGGAAAGGUCGUGUGCGUCACGUUCAAAUCGUAGGAGAAAAAAAUAUUUUUAGUAAAAAGUAGUCCGGACAAGGAUAAUUUCACGCGUCGGGAUAGCUCAGCGCGGCUUCAAAUAUUCUAUAGUGAAUUAUGAUGGUCUCGAGUACGAAAAGUUAUGUUAAGAAUCACUUGAAAAUGCUAGCUCAGUGAUAUGCUUGCAUUCUUCUAUGAAAAGUGGAAAUGUGUAUAGAACGUUGCAAGCUUGGGGUGUAGAGAGAUCGAGGUACCGCGAUCUAUCCCUUCCCUGAGAGGCUCGGCGUAAUCAACCCAUACGUCUCGGAUACGAACAUGUACGAUACAAUUAAAAUAAUCGCGACGAACAUCAUUCUUCAGAAAUAAAGCCAUUUGCAAAGAAAAUAAAGUGAUGUGACCGAAGAAACCACAGUGAAAACUCCUGGUUAGCAUAGUGUGUGUUGGCGAAAACUCGGGUUUAUAUUUUCUCAUGAAUUCUCAUCAAACGUUCGAAAUGAGAAAAUAUGUAGGGCCAACGAAUUCACAGUAUAUGGUAUCUGAGGAAGCUGACAUGGGAUUCAAUCUUUUCCGAAACUGAAAGUGUAGAACAUUUUUACCGAAAAAGUAAUACAGAUGCGUGCUUCUGGAUGGAAACUUUCUUUGAGAUUUCCACGGCUCCUUUAAAUAUAUUAUUUCUUGCUAUUCGAUCGGAGUUAAGUGCUUACUGUACGUUCAUUGAUCCGGCAGCAUAUUUGGGGAACAACCAGAGAGUUCCUAAGAACCAUGCGGAGUCUAUGCACAAAUAAUUUAGUUCUCAUAAAGUAACAUGAGUGCGGCGUUGGAAAUGAGUUGAAAUAAUGAAAAGUUAAUGAGUAUUUGGCCAUUACCCAGCCUGGUGUUGUUAAACAUUUGGGCACGAAAUAGCUUGAAGCUUAAGCAGAAGAGAUACCAUAUUAACAAAUUUCGGCCCACAUUAACUUAUUCCGUUUGACGAGCAAGCGAUAUAUUUACAUUUUCACGAAUAAUGAAAAAGGGAUAACCAACACGUCUAAGUCUCGCCCCGCCUGCUUAUCCAUUUUACCCCAAGGAUCCAGUACAUCAAUCUAGUCUUCACACAAUCAUAAGGACUUGUCGGACUCACUGUGGUAUGCUGAAACUGUAAUACACAUAUAUGGGACACACACACAAGGGAAAUGCAAUUCUUUACUCGCGUAGAUGUGUUCCCCACACAAACAACCGAAGUUUAUACGUUUUACGUUCGUAAGCGUGGAUAUUUUGCUAAAAUGAAGUAAGAAAGGAGUUUAGAAUAAGUAUUUGUUGCCCGAAUGCAGCAAAAAGGAAUGUGCCAAUCAUACCAAAGCGGCUUUAUUUAUCUUUCUAUGGAGGAAAAUAUAUACGCGCAAGUCCUUGUCAGAGAAAGCAAAACACGAGUUUGAAUGAAAAUUUGCUACAUCACGUUCAUAUGCUUUUCUGACAACUAUAUGGCGUUAAUAGCACAACGUGUGUACUUGAUGUCUCCCCAAUUUUGUGUUGUCUGAAAUUACUUGCUCGAUGUUGAAAACAUUUACGUUUCAAAUGAAAGAAACCAUGCAUUUAUUGAUGGAACGGACCCCAAAAUUAAAAAGUAGAAUCUAACAAUGUAACUGAGUACUUAAAAUAAUUCUUAAAACAACCGCCAUCUCGACCAGUACUUAAAUUAUUCGCAAGGAUCUUAAAUGUAAAUAAUUAUCAAGUUGACUAUUAAAACACUUGAAUUGAACGGUGUAAUCUUCAAAGGUUUAAAAGUUUUUCAAAAGCCGAAAUGGAUUAUCAACUUUAUCCCCUAUUUCCGGCUUAUGAUAUCUAAGAUUAAAAGUUGAGUGAAGUUGAACAACGAAGAACGGAACAUGGUCUCAAUAGUGUAGACGUUUGUGGAACCGUUUAGUAAUAUAAAAAAGUUGUAUAAAUAUAAUAGAUUGUGGAAAAGUGCACUUUUAAUGUUAAAAAAAAUCUAAAAUUAGUUUCAAUUAAUCCCAUCCUGGUUUGAGACACUUUAUGGCUUAAAGAUCCUUCAUUCAUACAAUUUCCAUUCGAAUUGCUAUUCAAGCAAUCAUUAUCUUAUAUAAAAUAUAGGAUAUUUGAAUGUAAACUUUUUUUUAAGUUCGCUUGGAUUAGGUUACGGUGAGUAAACGUAACCUAAUUGAAACAUGACAGUAGAACGUACAGAAACAUUCCGUGAUAUUUUUUAAUUCGAGAUCUCGUAACUAAAAAGAAAAAAAAAUAUACCCGUUUCGCAUCACCAUUAACUUACUUCGAAAGAAAUAAUAAAAGUAAGUUAACAACGCUUAAUGCAUCCAAUUGGGGUUUGAAUGCACCCCUUGAAACAAGUGAUUGGAUUAACUGCGGAACAAACCGUAACUAAUCUGAUUUUUUGGCUCUAGAGCUAGAAAAACAACAUUAUGUCCAAAGGAGGUAUUAUGAAACGUUCAACAAAGCAACCACCACCGCCUCGUAACUUUUGCGGAUUGCCUGGAAUUAAGGCAACCUCCUGUUUGACAAUUGUAAUGCUCAUAUGUCUUGAAACAGUGCUAUUAUCAACCGUGUCAAAUUGUGCCAAGACAUUUUACAUGCACUGGAAUACCUCUAAUAGUAUCUUUCGAAUAGACAAUACGGAUCAUAUUAUCGAUGUGAAUAAAGGAAAUUUGGCUUUCGAGUUUGAUCAAGUUCACAUCAUUUGCCCGCUUUACGAGCCUGGGACAUUUGAGAAUGAAACAGAAAAAUAUAUUAUUUAUAAUGUUUCGAAAGUUGAAUAUGAAACUUGUCGAAUAACUAAUGCAGAUCCCCGUGUAAUAGCAAUAUGUGAUAAACCACAGAAAUUAAUGUUUUUCACAAUAACAUUCCGGCCAUUUACACCGCAACCCGGUGGUUUGGAGUUCCUCCCUGGAAAUGACUACUACUUUAUUUCUACAUCAUCCAAAGAUGAUUUGUAUCGUCGAAUAGGCGGAAGAUGUUCAACGCAUAAUAUGAAAGUAGUGUUUAAAGUAUGUUGUCCACCUGAAGAACACCAAAAUAAUACUCUGCCGAAUGGCCAGAGUGGUGGGUUAGUCAAUAGCGGUGGCAACAUUGGAACAACUCACCAACAUAAUAAUAACAUUAACUUACAAAAUGGCAUUGGGCCUAGCGGUCAGCCAGCUUCUGGUGGGAGCGUGUCAAUAAAUACAAAUAUUGAUCAAUUCAAUCGUAUACCAAUGACGCAGGGUGGUGGAGCUGGUAUCAGAAUAAACAAUGUUCCACAAAGCAAUGGCAAUAUUCAUAGCAAUGGCGGAUUUAUACCUCCCCUGGCCAAUGUCAACACAAAUAAUAGUAAUAUUGUACAGAGUACUAUGAGUUGGCCUGUUUGGAACAACCAAAACGGUAUUAAUAUUCAACAUAGUACACCGAUUACCACAGUUGGUAUACAGCAGCAACAGCCAUUCUAUCCAUCGCAUAUGACAUCACCACGUCCUAAUAUAAAUAGUGCUAUUCAUAAUAAUAGUUUGUAUUCACCGUCCCACAAACCCACUAAAAAAACAAAUGAAUAUGAUAAACAUCCCAACGAGGUUGUCAAGAAUGAAGAAUUGACGUAUAAUAGUGGUGCAGACAGAUUAAUUUUUAAAAGAAUAUACGCCUAUAAAUACUUACAUUUAUGUAUAAUAUACAAUAAUCCUAUCAUUAUUUUAACAAUACUAUUAGUUAUUUUAACGAAUUUACUUGACCACAACUAUGGGGUGGUAUCAAGUUACUGGUGUCAACGGUGAACAAAUAUGCAUUGUUUAAGGUAAUUAUGACUAAUAAUAAUUAUAAAUUUAAAUAAUUGAUUUAUAUAUAUCAUUAUAUAUACAUAAUAAAAAUCAAGUAUAUUAAAAAUGAAAUUUCACGUACGUUUCAAAAAGCGAGCAUCGUAAAUUCAAGCGACACUUGAAAAAUAAACAAAAAUUUAGUAUAGGAUCAGAAUAAUUAGUAGAUAAGCUUUUAUGAACAAUAUGGGAAAGAAUUAUUUACACAGCAAGGAGUAAAAAUGUAACUUGACAAAUGAAAACUAGAAAAUCGUUUACCCUUUAACCAGUUACACAAUGUGGCACACAAAUACGACUGUAGAGAUUACAAAAUAAGCCAGCUUUACUUUUGGUCUAAAACGUAGAAGUUAUGUAAAUUUCGUAUUUUUGUGUACUUUUGUUUUUUUGCGAAAAUCGACACUAUCGUUCUAUACAUUCCUAUACUACUAAAUAAAAACGAAAUUUAUUCACGAGAAAUUAAAUAUCAUUGAUUUUGAGCAUUCCGAGAGGAAGCGCCUAGAAAUUCGUUUCAUUCAACAUGUUCGGAAAGUUUAUAUUUUCAUUGCGAUGCGAAUGUUUCAUUGGAGAAAGUGAUUAACUAUACAAUUAUAUUUAACUUGUUGUUCGACAUCCAUUAGACACACAUAAAUUUGGAAACAAACCUAAUUUUCAUUUAUUUCUGAUCGGAUCUGAGCUAUUCACAAUUAUGUACGUUCGUAAAUAGGCCUUAUAAAAUUUGCAAUGUGAUAAAGUUUUAUGGUGUGUAGAAUUACUCGGAAACAGUACAUAACUCCAAAAGUUUCACAUUGUAAUUUAUGAUAACUGACCAUUUAGGCGGUUUCCUUUUUUAGACACGUUCUACAUAAUGAUGAGAUAUAUUUUAUCUACGAGGUUGGUGUCUCUUAUUUGUUCCAAACGUGCAAAAAUGAAGCCGUUCAAAAAGCAACCUAUAUCUUCACUUCAAGAUUUGCAGCAAGAGUUAAGAUUUCCAUCAAGCAUGUUUCGCUGCAUCCCUCAUUCUGCGAAUGUCUGUGUUGAAAAAAUUAAUUUCAGAAAGCAUAAGGCUUGUUUCAAUUGAAGGAAUGAAAGAGAUAAACGCGGAAACAUCAAAGAUAUUGUACGUCAAAGAGCGUCGAAAGUCUAUUAAUACAGUUAGAAUAAUAAUUAUACAAAAUGAUUAAAGUUGAUGAUAGCCAUAAGAACAAAUCUCAUUGUAUUAUAUGAAAGGGAGGAGAAUAUUAUAAGUAAAAAAAACAAAUGAAAAGUUAUAUUUUGUGUAUAAAAAUGGUUAAUCUUCAUAAAGGAUUGUAUAAAAGAGCGGCAAAAACAUUCGUACAAAACAAACAGAUUAAAUUUUACGAAGGGUAUUAUAACAUGAUUAUGUCACAUUUCCACAUUGGGUGGAGUGAAAUAUUUUGAAAAAGCAAUUCGUCUCUUUCGUUUAUUCUUCACGAUAAUAUUAAGUGUACUCCAAACUUGUGAUAGUGAGGUGAACGGUUUUCAAUCUUAACAAUGUUGUUUUCAUCUAAAAUAGAGCGAACUUAUGAAAAAAA